AUGUUGCUGGAGAGAAGAAACAUGGAGAAAAUGGGAAGCAUUAAAAGAAAGGUCAUGGCUAGACAGCACAAGGCUGAAGUAAUGAUUGCUGGAGAACAACUCAGGAUGCGGCUGCAUGAUGGCAAAUUAAUCAAAGAUCGCAGAUACCACUUGCGUACUUACCCAAACUGCUUUUUGGCACAAGAGCUUAUUGACUGGCUUAUUAGCCACAAAGAAGUACCAGACCGUGAUACUGCAGUCCAAUUAAUGCAACAUCUAAUGGAUAAUGACAUUGUACAUCAUGUGUGCGACAAACGGCCCAUUUUUAAAGAUGCUAAAUUGUUGUAUCGCUUCAGAAAGGAUGAUGGAACAUUCCCCUUCAACACAGAAGUGAAGGUCUUCAUGCGUGGACAGAGACUAUACGAACAACUGGUCACCAGUAGAGAUUCCAUCUUGCAGCUGAGAGAGGAGAAAGGCAUGCUUUAUCAGCGUUCCUUUCCUGGCUGCCAGUUGAUUGACUGGCUGCUGCAGAAUGGAGAGGUGGAGAGCCGGCGGAAGGGUUUAGAGCUUUGUCGUGCCCUGCUAGAGCAUGGCAUUAUUCAGCACGUUUCUCUGAAGCACCACUUCUUUGACAGUGGGCUGUUGUAUCAGUUCUGCAUUAACUUUCGGCGCCGGCGCCGGCUGUCAGAGCUGCUGAAUGAUUCUGAGCAAGAGGAGGUGGAGGGUGUAUCACAGCAAAGUCAGGAGGACCAUGCAGAUAGCCCCUUUGUCCUACGCAAAACCCCUCCUGUAGAAGGCAACAGCUGCUUCCUGUCCGUCGAGCCCAGUAAAGAAUUAAAGGUGAUAUCCAGUGGACGCCGAAGCAGUCUGACACAUCAGCAACUAAAUUCAAGUGGAUACUCAUCUUCUUGUCCACUCUCAUCUAUCCCUGUGGUGAGAUGCAAUCCCAAAUCAGUGCUGAAGAGGCAUGUGACAUGUGAGGAACUGCUAGCCCCUGGAGCGCCUUUCAUAAAAAGAGUCCUAACGGUGAUGGGAGAUGCUCUGGGUUGGGGGUUUGUGGUUCGAGGAAAAUCACCCUGCUAUAUUCAGGCUGUAGAUCCAGGUAGCCCUGCCGCUACUGCAGGGGUUAAGGUGCGUCAGUUUGUGUGUCAGGUGAAUGGACGCAGUGUUCUCCAUCUGGAUUAUUGCACACUCACAAAGCUGGUGAUGACAGGACCCCGAGUUGUUGUUUUGGAAGUCAUGGAACCAGUUGAUUGA